AUGACUAUUCCCAGCUCCCCCACCGCUUCGCGUAAGGCCCGGCCCUACGGAGCCAAACCCCGCUUUAAACCUGCGAUUAUCCUCCAUGGAGGUGCAGGAAACAUCGAGCGUUCGCGCAUCCCCCCAGAGCUAUACGAACAAUACCGGGCGUCGAUGCUGGCGUACCUGCGGUCUUCGUAUUCGCUGUUGAAAGGCAAAAACGAUGGGAGCAAGAAGCCGUGCGGACAGGGUGUCGAUUGCGGUGGAGAUGAGGAAGAGUAUGCGGGGUGCUCUGCUCUUGAUGCAGCGGUCCAUGCGGUCAGUUUGAUGGAGGAUGACCCGUUGUUUAAUUGUGGACGUGGUAGUGUGUUUACGACCGCGGGCAGCAUUGAAAUGGAGGCGUCUCUUAUGGUUUGCUCAGUGGUGCCCCCGUCGUCGUCCGGGGACGGGAAGGAUACCGAAGACGAGAUCGACAUAGCCAGGAUAAAGCGCGGUGCAGGAGUUAUGAUGGUUAGAAACGUGCGAAAUCCAAUCCGUCUGGCGAAGGAGGUUUUACUUCGGAAUGGCUAUGAUGAGGAUGCUGGAGGCGGAGGUAGCAUGCACUGUCAGCUCUGCGGACCAUACGUGGAAAAAUUGGCGAGCGAUUGGGGCCUGGAAUUCAAACCCGAUGAGUGGUUCUGGACGAAGAGGAGGUGGGAUGAACAUCGAAGAGGGCUACAGGGCCCAAAGGUGGAGGCGACGAUUGACCACGAUGCCGAAAUGGAUCUGACGUCCCAUGACGGCGAUAGAUAUCUUAGCCAGGGCACCGUGGGCGCCGUGUGUAUGGAUCAAUGGGGCAACAUUGCUGUUGCUACAAGUACGGGUGGGCUUACGAAUAAAUUCCCCGGGCGGAUCGGGGAUACCCCCACGCUAGGGGCAGGAUUCUGGGCCGAGGAUUGGGAUGAAUCUGGCCAAGAGAUGCCGAACGACGGUGAUCGUCCCGGGCGCCGUCGUCGUCGUCGUCGAGCGGCAGCCGUAUCUGGUACAGGAAAUGGAGAUUCAUUCCUCCGCGUCGCAGCCGCCCGGACAACCACAGCGAUGGCGCGUUUCUCGUCAGGCCAUGUGUCUCUCGACGAAGCUUUGACAGCUGUCUGUGGUCCGGGCGGAGAAUUGCAACGUUCGGCAGGGGAUAGAUGGGGCAAAACGGGUGAAGCAACUGCAGGGAUGAUUGGGAUCGAGGUUGAGUGGGACGGUGACGGAAACAAAUCAUUACUAAAAGGGAAAACCUCGUUUGAUUUUAACGCCGGUGGGAUGUUCAGGGCAUGGAUCGAGGAAGGCCCAGAUGGUGAAGAUCGAGAGAGAAUGAUGGUGUUUAGGGAGGAAUACUACCAAUAGACCACAAGGGGUAAAUACGAUAAAUAUCGCAUAGAUUCAUUGUAUACAAUAA